AUGGUUCGUAGCUCAGCUCUUCUCACGGCUGUUCUGCCAUUGGCAGCAGCUUUCCCUUGGGCAAUGGACGCCAGCCACGCAAUGGACGUUCAACGGCUUGCCGAGAGGAGRCAGGCCCGUUACGCCUCCUCUUCUGGACAGCCUGACGAAGGCACUAUUCCUCCUGUCCGUGAGCCUACUUUUCUCACUGGUCGCUCAAAUUCUGGUCUUGGCCACCCAAACACUCCUUUCAACGCCGAGGAGCAAUAUGUCGAUGUUACGAGGGGAUCCGGGCACGAAUACAUCGCCCCUGGCCCGAGGGAUCUUCGAGGACAAUGCCCUGGUUUGAACGCAGCGGCAAACCACGGCUUUCUCAAGCGUAAUGGUAUCCCUACCAUUGCGAACACAGUCUCCGGUCUCCGCGAGGCUUACAACAUGAACGAGGACCUUUCGCUUGCCCUCGCAGUUAUCUCUGUUGCGCUGGCAGGUGACAUCGUCACGCAGACGUGGUCGAUCGGCGGGGAGUACAGCCCGGCGUUGCCCCUUGGCGGUCUGCUCGGCCUCGGCUCUCUACUCGGCAAGCCACGCGGUAUCAUUGGAACACACAACAAAUACGAAGGAGAUGCAUCCAUCGUUCGCGGAGAUGCUUAUCUCAAUGGCGGCCAGCAAGUCUUCCAAUUGCGAUCCUGGAACCGUCUUUACCCGCUCGCUGCUUCCGAGGGCGGCUUGACCAUGGACAAGGUUGCCAAGCACAACGACUACACCCACGGAUGGUCUAUCCUCAACAACCCUUACUUCUUCAGCGCUCCCUUCAGUGGCCUGGUUACUGUUGCGGCCCACAACUUCGUCGUCGCCUUCAUGUCCAACCACUCCGAGGAGGCCCCUGGUGGAUACCUUGACGGAGAGGUCCUCAAGUGCUUCUUCGGUGUGACCGGCGAGCCUGGCAACUUCAAGUACAACUUUGGACAGGAAAGAAUCCCAGAAAACUGGUACAAGCGUGCCGGUGGAUUAUCUUCCUACACCCUUCCCGACGUUGCCCUCGACGGUCUGACGAACAACGCCAUGUACCCCGGGCUCAUCUCAAUCGGAGGCAACACUGGCACCGUCGACUCAUUCACAGGUGUAGACACUGGAGAUCUCACCGGUGGCCUGUUCACCGUCGGCAACUUGGCCGAAGGCAACAACGCCGCAUGCUUCCUCCUCCAAAUGUCCCAAGCAGGUCUUGCUGACCAGCUUACGGGACUUUUAUCCGUCGUCGGUAACGUCCUGUCGUUCGUCACGGAGAAGUUGGGCCCACUUGAGAAGUCUCUAAAGUGCCCACAGCUUGGCCACUUGCGCAACGAGCUGCUUCAGAAAUACCCCGGUUCGGCACAAUACUUCCAGGGUUGA